GCUCUCCACACUCCCAAACAAACGCACUCUCUCCAUUUCCAUCACAACAACAACAAAAUGGGAUUAGGUUUACUCGCUUCUCGAACUCUACAACGAUCUUCUAGAAUCUUCCGUAACCCUAACAUCCGUACAAUCGUCUCCACACCGGAGCUCAACAACGCCGACGCCGCCACCGCCACCGCCACCGUACAACCAGAUCUUCCAAAACGUGACCCAGUUGGUGGUGCCCGAGUUCAUUUCCCUAACCCGGAUGAUGCUAUUGAAGUCUUCGUUGAUGGUUACCCGGUCAAAAUCCCUAAAGGGAUGACUGUGUUACAAGCUUGUGAAGUUGCCGGUGUUGAUAUACCCAGGUUUUGUUAUCAUAAUAGGCUUUCUAUUGCGGGGAAUUGUAGAAUUUGUCUUGUUGAGGUUGAGAAAUCUCCUAAACAUGUUGCUUCUUGUGCAAUGCCUGCACUUCCAGGAAUGAAGAUCAAGACUGAUACGCCUAUUGCCAAAAAGGCUCGUGAAGGAGUCAUGGAGUUCUUGCUUAUGAAUCAUCCACUAGAUUGCCCAAUUUGUGAUCAGGGAGGAGAAUGUGAUCUCCAGGAUCAAUCUAUGGCCUUCGGGUCCGACCGCGGGCGUUUCACUGAAAUGAAGAGAUCUGUGGUUGACAAGAAUUUGGGCCCAUUGGUGAAGACUGUGAUGACCCGGUGCAUCCAGUGUACAAGGUGCGUCAGAUUCGCAUCAGAAGUAGCUGGAGUGGAGGACCUUGGAAUGUUGGGUCGUGGUAGUGGAGAAGAAAUUGGAACUUAUGUUGAAAAGCUUAUGACAAGUGAGCUUUCAGGGAAUGUGAUUGAUAUUUGUCCUGUAGGAGCCCUUACAUCAAAACCUUUUGCCUUUAAAGCCAGAAAUUGGGAGCUAAAGGGCACAGAAAGCAUUGAUGUGACUGAUGCUGUUGGUUCUAACAUCCGAAUUGAUAGUAGAGGUCCAGAGGUCAUGCGUGUUGUACCACGAUUAAAUGAGGACAUCAAUGAAGAAUGGAUAUCAGACAAAACACGAUUCUUUUAUGAUGGUCUGAAGAGGCAAAGGCUGAAUGACCCCAUGAUCCGUGGUGCUGAUGGACGAUUUAAGGCAGUGAGCUGGCGGGAUGCCCUAGCUAUUGUUGCUGAAGUCAUGCAUCAAAUUAAGCCAGAGGAAAUUGUCGGUGUUGCAGGAAAGCUGUCUGAUGCAGAAUCCAUGAUGGCACUGAAAGAUCUUUUGAACAAAAUGGGGUCAAACAACAUCUUUUGUGAAGGAAAUGGCAUGCAUCCAAAUGCUGACUUGCGUUCUGGAUAUAUCAUGAAUACCAGCAUUAGUGGCUUGGAGAAAGGAGAUGCUUUCCUCUUGGUUGGAACCCAGCCAAGGGUGGAAGCUGCUAUGGUGAAUGCCAGAAUUCACAAAACAGUUAAAGCAACAAAUGCUAAGGUAGGGUAUGUUGGGCCUGCUGCUGAUUUCAACUAUGAUCAUCAACACCUUGGAACAGACCCACAAACACUAGUUGAAAUUGCUGAGGGCCGCCAUCCCUUUUCUUCAGCUCUCAAAAAUGCCAAGAACCCAGUGAUCAUCGUCGGUGCUGGUGUGUUUGACCGAGAGGAUAAGGAUGCUGUUUUUGCUGCUGUUGACACUAUUGCAAAGAACAACAAUGUUGUGAGACCUGAUUGGAAUGGACUAAAUGUUUUGCUUCUUAAUGCUGCCCAAGCUGCCGCUCUUGAUCUUGGACUUGUGCCUGAAUCUGAUAAAUGCAUUGAUUCUGCAAAGUUUGUAUAUUUGAUGGGUGCUGAUGAUGUGAGCUUGGACAAGCUUCCAGAUGAUGCCUUUGUGGUUUACCAAGGUCACCAUGGUGAUCGCGGUGUGUAUCGUGCCAAUGUCAUUUUGCCGGCAUCUGCUUUCACAGAAAAAGAAGGAAUAUAUGAAAACACCGAAGGGUGUGCUCAGAUCACACUACCAGCAGUUCCUACUGUUGGUGAUGCCAGGGAUGAUUGGAAGAUAAUAAGAGCGUUGUCUGAGGUGGCAGGUGUCGGAUUACCCUAUGAUAGUCUAGGGGCAAUCCGAUCUCGAAUUAGGACGGUGGCACCAAAUCUCCUAGAAGUGGAGGAGAGACAACCAGCCACAUUCUCAACUUCUUUGAGACCUGAGGUCAGCCAAAAAGUAAGUGCAACACCAUUCACAUCUGCUGUGGAGAAUUUCUACAUGACUGAUGCAAUUACUAGGGCCUCAAAGAUUAUGGCUCAGUGUAGUGCAUUGCUAAAGAAAUGAGCAUCGGGUCUCGGUACCUAUAAUAAGUUUUUUCCAUUCACUUUUCCUGCCAGUGUUAUUAGUUUUAAAGUUGAUGAAUUUUUUGUAUUUGAGAUCAAAGGAAGAGAGCAGAGAAGACUGUAAAUUGGUGUGCCACAGUGAAUGUCCUCAUAAAUGGCACCACAACUUGGAUCUCUAGUUUGUACCUUUUUCUGUAAUUUAAUCAGCAGGUUGCUGUAAUUGUUGAGUUUUCCACACCGAAGUUGGAGACCUGAAAUUCUCAGCACAGAAUAUGGAACUCUUCUCCAACAUAAUAAGACUUUACAUCAAUUUAGCA